CCACCACCUCUUCUCAAUUCUCACCACCAUCGUCGCCGAACCCCAGAAAGAAAAAACUCCAUUUACCGCCGCUCUUAGCACUAAACACAGUGAAAACUACCCCACUAACCCCCAGGUUUUAACCCGAAGCCCGUCUAUUAGCGGCGUCUAAUAAAGUAAUUAAGCCACAGGCGAAGCAUCCGCAUCCCCCGGGAGUUUCCGCUCCCACGCCCGCCCCGCCUCCCUCCUUCCUCGAACUCCUCGCCGCCGGCUCUUCCCAACUCCGCCGACUCGCCUCGCUGUCCUCCCUGCCCCCUGCCUCCUCCUGAUCCCAGAUUCGCCUGGCCGGUCUCCGGCGCCUCGCCGGCGGCCGGGUCGUCGCCCUCACCGCUGGCGCCUGCCACUACCAAACGAGCCCGUCCUCGCCUGGCCGCGCCACCGAGCGCUCCUUGAGAGUUGACUACCUCCACCGAAGCACGCCGGCUCGAAUACCCCUCUGUAGUUCCCCUCUCCAUCCUCCUCCACUGCCGCCGCCACUGUAGCCACGUCCGGGCUUGUACAGGAAGUGCAGAUCCAUUCGGAGGUAGUCGGGCGCAUUUCUCCUUUUGUUGGUAAGGAAGCAGCUGGAUGGAUCGUUCUGAGGGUCAGUUCUAGUCUUCAGUUUGCUACGAGUAAUCAGAUACAAGUCUUCCAUUCCGGGAUGGAUUGCGAUUUGUUCGCUGCGUGGUGGAGCAGCAGCACCAGAUUAUUCUCCAGAAUUUUUCGGGGGUCGUCUGAUCCCCCGGGGCCGGCGCCAAUGAAGCCAGCAAUACCGCUCCACCAGAAGCAGGCGGGGCUCGCUGCUAGCAAGCUCGGUGUGGGGACCUCGAAGAAGCACAGGGCUUUUGUAGCGGGCGAUGAGCAGUGGUACAAGAAGAUUUUCGAUCCGUCAAGCGACUUCAUCUUGACAUGGAACCGCGUCUUCCUCGUCUCCUGCUUCGCCGCACUAUUUAUAGACCCUCUCUACUUCUAUGUUCCCAAGAUCACCUACGGUAGCUCGGUUUCUUGUGUUGGGACAGACAUCCAUUUAGCCGUCAUUGUCACUUUCCUCCGAUCAGUUGCUGAUUUGUUAUAUGUCCUGCACAUCAUAAUCAAGUUCAGAACAGCGUAUAUCAAUCCGAGCGCGACUCUGAGGGUGUUUGGAAGAGGAGAUCUUGUCACGAAUCCCAAGGAAAUUGCAUGGAAGUAUUUGAGAUCUGACUUUGCAGUUGAUGUGGUGGCUGCAUUGCCUUUGCCACAGAUCAUUAUCUGGUUUGUGAUACCAGCUAUAAAGUAUUCCACUUCUGAACAUAACAAUAACAUUCUGGUGCUUAUAGUUCUUGCUCAGUAUCUCCCAAGGUUGUAUCUCAUAUUCCCCUUAACCUAUGAAAUUGUCAAAACUACUGGAGUUGUUGCCAAGACUGCUUGGGAAGGGGCUGCAUACAACCUGGUGCUCUAUCUGAUAGCUAGUCAUGUUCUCGGUGCACUGUGGUAUUUGCUAUCUGUCGAUCGCCAGACAGCCUGCUGGAAGAAGAAUUGCAGGGAUGAAACUGGUUGUGAUAUUAAGUUCCUAGAUUGUGAUGACACCCCAGAUAGUACUUGGGCAAAUACCACUACCAUCUUCAGUAACUGUAAUGCUAGCAAUACCUCCAUCAGUUUUGAUUUUGGCAUGUUCCUGCCUGCAUUGACGAAUCAAGCACCUGCUGAACGUUUUGUAAUGAAGUAUUUCUAUUCCCUCUGGUGGGGUUUGCAGAAUUUAAGCUGCUAUGGCCAGACUCUUACUGUGAGUACCUAUCUUGGUGAGACUCUGUAUUGUAUAUUCUUGGCAGUACUUGGUCUUGUCUUGUUUGCGCAUUUGAUUGGAAAUGUGCAGACCUACCUGCAAUCUAUCACUGUGAGGGUUGAGGAAUGGAGAUUAAAGCAAAGAGAUACUGAGGAGUGGAUGAGACACCGCCAACUGCCUCAUGAACUGCGGGAAAGGGUGAGACGAUUUAUCCAGUACAAGUGGCUUGCCACUCGGGGUGUGAAUGAAGAGUCAAUAUUGCAGGCCCUACCAGCAGAUCUUCGGCGUGACAUUAAGCGCCACCUUUGCUUGGGUCUUGUUCGACGGGUUCCAUUUUUCUCCCAGAUGGAUGAUCAGCUUCUUGAUGCCAUCUGUGAGCGUCUUGUAUCAUCACUUUGCACAAAGGGCACGCAUAUCGUCCGUGAGGGUGACCCAGUGACUGAGAUGCUCUUUAUCAUUCGUGGGAAACUGGAAAGCUCCACAACGAAUGGUGGCCGCUCGGGCUUCUUCAAUUCAAUCACUCUAAAACCUGGUGAUUUCUGUGGCGAGGAACUUCUUGGAUGGGCUCUUGCCCCGAAGCCUACCACCAACUUGCCUUCAUCCACUCGGACCGUGAAGGCACUCAUAGAAGUAGAAGCCUUUGCCCUCCAGGCUGAGGAUCUCAAGUUUGUUGCCAAUCAGUUCAGGCGGCUGCACAGCAAGAAGUUGCAGCACACUUUCCGGUACUACUCGCACCACUGGCGAACUUGGGCCUCGUGCUUCAUCCAAGCUGCUUGGCGGCGGUACAAGAGGAGGAAGAUGGCAAAGGACUUGAGUAUGAGGGAGUCAUUCAAUUCCGUCAGAUUAGAUGAAGUGGAUGAGGAAGAUGAAUCUCCACCCAAGAAUAGCCUCGCACUCAAAUUCAUAGCUAGGACUAGGAAAGCUCCUCAGAGAACGAAGGAAUUGCCAAAGCUAAGGAAGCCAGACGAACCGGAUUUCUCAGCUGAACCUGAUGACUAAGGUCCUAUGCUACAUUCGUGGUUAUUUCUGCAUCUGCUGCUGACUCUGCUGCCAGUUGCUCUAUUUACGCAUGACACUACAAGCCAACUUGAUACAAUGAAUUGAAUUGGGUGUUGAUGCGAGGAAGGUAACUCAAAGCUCGAAAUGCGAUGACGCUUCUGACUGAGAUAGGUUGAACGGUUGUAAGUUAACUAGAUGUUGUUCUGGUGUUAUCAUGUUGUAAAUUCAGACGCCCUGUGCCUAUAGAAUUCUUGAAACCGAAGAAAAGUACAUUAUUUACAUAGACUGAUAGCUUACGAAUCUAACAUUGAAGCCUGUGAGUACGUUGCCUGUAACUGUGGAGUCUGUAAAUUGUAAGGCUGGAUGUAUUUCUUUCGGGAAAAAAAAAUGUUGCACCACACAGAUUGCUGUGUCAGAUGCCUGUGUAUCUGUGGUCAGAAGGCCAUAAUGUAAUAUCACGCACACUGCACACA